GUUGUGAAUCAUCACAGUAUUACUACGCAGCUAAUCAUUGCUUGCACAACAUUGCGCAAAAGUUCAACAGAGGCAAACUACAAAACACUGUAAUUGUCAAUCCUAUAUUUUCAUAACUCUUAAGAUCAUGUUUCAACAACUUUCAGAGAAAACUUCACCAAUGCUGUCUUCUUGGCUCUUAGAUAAAGAGAGUGAUCGCGAAAAAGCGUUCUUCUUUGACGAUAACUUGGAGGGAAAUGAUCAGGUGAGAUUUUCUCCAGACUAUAGUCAAAUCAUGGAUAGCACUUUCUCAAUCGACACGAAUCUGUUAUCAGAUUUAUCCGAUUUGAGUGAACUUAUCCAAGAGAAUGAAGAACCUAUCAACUCUAUAGAAAUUGAUGCGAAAACGUCAUCUAAUGUACUUUCUAAGGGCAGUGUAAGUGUAGUACCUGAAGACGGUUUGUACAAAAAAGAAACCGAGCCUAAAACUUUAGCAAUUAAGGAGCUAUCACAAUGUGAACUAUUAAGAAAACAAGAAGUUCCUGAAAAUGAGGUAUCCAAAAACCUUAACAAGGCUGCUAUUCAAGCAAAGGUUAAUAGAGAAAAGAAAAAGAAAUAUAUCAAGGAACUGGAAGAAGAAACCAACAGACUAAGAAAGGAAAAUUCCAUUCUAAGAUCAAAGGAGAAAAAAUCAGAAAAGUCGAUUAAUAUUAUGGAAAAAGAAAUUCUAUAUCUUAGAUCCGUACUAGAAAACGACAGUCAACUAGCAAAUAUUAUUUCAAACCUCAACCAACCAGUUAGAUUGACUAAUUCUUUCGAAGUUUCCAAGAGAGUAAUUGAAGAGGAUCACGAUUAUGGAGUAUCAGCAAAACGAAGGAGAGUGACCAAAGCAAACGGUGGAGUUUGUUUGCAUGUACAAAGUGGCGAUAUUAGUUUAGAAUUAUGUAGCAGAUGCUCAGAAUUGUCAAAUAUUUCUUAA